AUGUAAAAUCCCAGGAGUUCUUCUACCUAUUCCAUUAAUAUACCAAAAAUGAUUCCACUUUCCUAGGUGACCCUUUAUUACUCCCUCUCUCGCUUCAAAUUCCAAUCUCCCGUACGUACUUACCUGUAGUUUUGAUUUAUAUACUUUUAGCAAAACUAACGAAAUCAAAUAGAGACAAUAGCUGCAUAAAACUCUAACGAAUAAAUUAAUGACUCAAGUAAGCAAAGGUCAUCAUUCUCACUCUAAAACAUUAACCAAAUUAACACGACGUACUUCAUCAUAUGUAAAUGACAAAUAUUAAAAAAUAUGGGAAUCACUUAAAUUUAAAACUAUUCACGAACCCUAUGAUGUUAACAUGUUAUAAGAGUUUUUUUAUGAUUUAGUAAAAGAAGAAAACUUCAUUAAUACUGAUCGUUAUGAAUUUCCUAUUCAAAAUAAAACUGAUUUCACUCAUUUUAAAUCAUAUUUCAUUACAGUUUUAUUUCAUGAAAGAGACUUGAAUAAAUACUUAUUUAAAUUAGAAUCAAUAAGAAUGUCUCAUUUAAGAUUGUUAUCAAUUAAUUAAGAAUUGAAAGGCUUUUUUGGUUUAAAUCAAAUCUUAAAAUCUCUAUUUGAACACUUAAAAAUGGAUAUUACUUUACAGAAUUAUGUUAAUGAUUAUGAAAGUGUCAAAGAUAUUUGGUUAGAGAUUUCAACAAAUAUAUUGCAACCAUAAGAUGAUAAUUAAAAAUUACAUAAAGAGAUUAGAAACUAUGCUGAAAAUAAUAAACUUAAUCAUGUGCAUUUUUUUAAUUUUAAAUUUCUUUUAUAUAAGGUAUUACUGAAGCAUAAGAUUUCAAUGAGAGGGAUCAAGAAGGUCUUGAAAUUAUUAGAUAAUUGGAAAAGUACUGUUAUGAGAUGCGAACGCAUUAUGGAAUUGAUUCUUUGCAAUUGUACUAAAAUUGCUAAAAGCUUAUAGAUUAGUAUCUAAUGUACUGUAUGGUAACUGACCAAAAGUAAGAAACAAUUCAAAGAAGAGCGAUAGAACUUAUACUUGAAUAUUUAUACAACAAUGAUCAUAGAUCAAUUAAGAAAUGUGAUCUAAAAUAAUACCAUUUUGUACACCAAUCUAUGCAAAAAGUAAUAUCCAGAUUAAAUACAUCUUAAAUAUUAAUCCAAGAUUUUCAUUAAGAUCUUGAUUCAAUAUUUGUUUAGAAAUUACAAAUUAAAAAAUAAUCAGUAGUUGAAUUUGGUAUAUAAUUGCAAUAGAUUCCAUUUUUUAUGUAAAUAUAUGAUGUAAAUUGUGUAAAUGAUAUUUAGGAUUAUGAAGUUAAUGUACAUCACUUAUUGGAAACCGAACUUGAUUUUAUGUUAAGUAAUCGGACCUACUUUAGAUAAAAAGAAAUUGAAUUGAUUCAUAAAAAUAUGAAUAUAUCACAUGAAGUCUUUGAUUUAUACAUUAUGGUAGGCUAUUGAUUAUAUUAUUGAAGAGAUUAUAAGAUACCCUCUAUGGAGUACCAACCAAAGCAAUAUUAAACAGAAUAAACUAGUAUCGUAUGUGGGUAGUUAAUGAAAAAAUAAAAACGAAUGAAAUUUAUUGA